CGCGUCGCGUUUUAGUCGCUGUAGCUACGCGCUAGGCAAGACAAGCAGUAUGGCGGAAGAAGAGAGUGAAUUUGAGUUAGAAGGUUUUAAAAAAGAAUUGAAGAGUUUAUUUGUCAGUAGUUCAAGUGAAGAAUACGGACUUCAAAGCAAGUUAUAUUGUGUACGGUUCUGUAAGUUGGUGGAGGUGUAUUCAGGACGAUGGCAGGUACCCUUGCCACAGCUGCAGGUGCUCCAGACUGCUCUAUGUUCCUUUGUCCAAGCCUCGGCCUGCUUCCCGUCUGACUGUGAACAUGUAUGCUACACACUGAGUAGCCUUGCCCUGAGUGCUUUUGAGCUCUUGCUGUUUUUGAACAGAAAUAAGAUCCUGCAGGAUCCCUUGAAAAAAAUCCUUGAUUCGUUCCAGGAAUGUUUUUCCCAGCUGGAGAGACACCAGAACAUCCACCUGCUGCAGGUGGGACAGAUCAUCAGAGAGAAGGGACCGUGGACCAACCCCAUACUACAGGCCAUCCUGAAGGACUCACAGCUGCCCCGGGAUGAAGUGGACCGGUACCUAGGCUCAGAGGUGCCAGUGUUCUUUGAGCUGCGUGUUCGUUACCUGCUGUCCAGUGAGAUGUUCACCGAGGCGGUGGUCUUGGCUAAGACCUGCUCUCAGCACCCCGUUGCCGGGCGACACCUGUUCUUCCGACAGGCCUACCUCACCUGUCUGUUGAAGGCAUCGCUCCCUCGCCAUAUGCACGAAGAGAUGUCUGACAUCGACGGUCAGGACGCCGUGGAUAUCGUGUGUAACACAGAGAGUGAGGAGAGCGACGAGACGCUCCUGUCCCUCUGCACAGCCUUCCUCUCUCAGCAGCUACACCGGGGAGACCUGUACUGCAUGUGGGAUUUGGUGUUCAUAUGGAGUCGACUCCGCCUGCGGGUCAACCCUUCCAAACAGGCCUUCCUGGAAGAGAGUCAUCGGUUGCUGCUGUCGGCCACCAACAUCAGAUCCAUAUUCUCUUUCAUUAGAGUGAUCCUUGCAGAGCUGGGAAAGGAUGGUCUCCAGUUCUGUGUGGAGCUCUGCACCCACGCCCUCCAGACGAACCCCUGCGACGCCGCCACCAAGUCCCUCAUCUACAAGACGGUAGCCUACCUCCUCCCCAACGACCUGGAGGUCUGCCGGGCCUGCGCCCUCCUCGUCUUCUUCCUGGAACGCACCGUGGAGGCCUACAAAACGGUGUUCCUCCUCUACACGCACCCCGACCAGGAGUACCACGUCGAAGCCGGUCCCAUCGGGAACCACAUCCGCUUUGAGAUCCUCCAGACCCUGAAGAGAGGUCUCUACUUCGAUCCAGAGUUCUGGAACCUUUUGAAUCUCCGGACCAACUGCCUGAAGCUGAUGAGCGAGAAGAAGGCGGCGUUGGCGAGGAUGAUGAUGGAGGAUGAUGGGUGGGUGUCCAACUACUGCAGCACCGCCACCAAAGAGCCCUGUUGCAGCUGGAGCGCCAACCUGUCAGAGCGUGUGCAGCCUAAACAUGUAGAGACUAAACCAGCACAGAAGCACGUUCAGAUUAAACCCUUUCACCAGGUAACAGCGCCCAAAAGGCGGUUCCAAAAAGAAGAGAAGAAUCACGUUUCGACGGCGCCGGUGGCAGCCAAACGUGUCAAAGCUCAAAGGUCGGAAAAAACCUCUGUUGUCGAGUCGCAGCGGCUGCCUGUUAAUCAUGUGACGACGGCGAAGACGGAGAAGCUGGCUGAACCCCCUGUUGUCGAUGAACAACCUGUAAUAAAAAGAAGAGGGAGGAAGCCGGGACCGCGGUCAUCCGUCAAAACAACAGAGCCCUCAGCCGAGACCACCUCUGUCAGACGGUCCUUCAGACAACUGGACAUGGCGCAGGAGAACCUGGCCGGGCAAGUCGGUCACAGACCACAUAGGCACAUGACCAGACUCUCGGAGAAGAAACCUCCCAAACGGAGGGGUAGGAAACCCCGGUGGCUCCUGGAGGGUACGUUCCAGGCUGAGAACAGUGCUCCCCGGAAGGGUCGCCGACCGGGGAGGAAACCUCCACAGCAGAAGACACCAGUGGACAAGACCAAUAAGACCUCUCGGUCUGGUGCCGCAGUCAAGGAAAGCACAACCAAACAAAAGAAUGCCGUGACCUCCCAAAAUAAAAUGGCGGCCGCUCGUCUAACAGCUCCGAGGGAACAGGAAGGUAAACGUCAGAAGGAGAUUCCUGCUACUAACCACCUACCAGCAGUAUCUCCUGCUCAUGACUCAAAGCUGGAGGUCUCCCUACCUGACAACGAAGUAUUUGGGUUCUUCCAUGAGGAUUAUCUCAGUAGGCAAGGACUGGUGACUCUAAACUGUGAUAAAUCUAAGGCACCAAUCCAGGCACAGUAUCGGGUGAAGGAUAGACUCGGAGAGGUGUUUCUCCUUUCCGCUCAGAACGCCAGUCUCUUCAUACAGCAGUUGCACAACUACGCCCAGACGCGAGAGGCGGAAGGUGUCACGUUGAACACUGAAACCUGUUUGUUGAAAGCGACAGAUGUCCGUCCCUCCCUAAACCCAAGUUGUCUGCCGGUGCCAUGUGACGAUUCGAGGGUAUUUUACCAGACGUCUGCAGUGGAAAUGGAAGUUGAGGUCUCCUCACAAACUGUCACUGCGACUGACAUGACUUUCACACCACAAGGUGGCGCUGUCGAACACAUCGAAAGUCCCAAGAAUGAGGACGGAUUCUCUACCGAUGCUCAGCAAACAUGUAUUCCAUCUGUUCUCUCGGUGAAUGUAAUUGUUCCUAAUAACACAAGAAGGACAACAAAUACAUAUGUAACUAAUGUUCCGAGAGAACCAACGGAAGUUACGAAUGUUCCAAAAAAGCGAACCGCUUCUGAAGUCGGGGAGAUUCUAGAAUCGUCCAGGAAGUCCGAAGUUACCGAUAUUCUGAAAGAGGCUAUGGAUAUAGCAAACAUUGGUGUGGAUGAAGCAAUGGUGAGGGACGGUGGCACUGGCAGCGUCCCUGGAAAGGAAACUCGGGAGCUUGUUGUUCUUACUCCUUUCUGCUGGCUGGCUAAUACCUCAAUGGAUGCGUUUGCUAGAGAGUUUGAAAAGUUUGCCAAGGGUCCGGAUUCUGAUGUUGUCGCAAAGCAGCAGUCGGUGACACCACAGACCACAGAUGGUGUCUCGCGCAAAACGUUGGAGACGACAUCGUCAACGGUGACACCACAGACCACCGAUGGUGUCCUCUCCAAGGUUUUGUGCGAGACACUGUCAACGUCUCCAAAAGUCAUCCCUACGGCCGUCACAGAUCCAGUGGUCCUUGAGGACACUUCAAAAAUAACCAAAGUCACCCCACAGGACACUACAGAUAUCCAGGAAAACAUGGACACUCGACACACCCAACUGGACAUUAAAGGUACCUCACAAAACACGGAGCCGGAGGAUAUCCCAAUGGCCGCUGGGAGCUUCCCACGGCUCACUGAUGAGACCCGGCAGCUUGAGCACCCUCUGAAAGGCACUGUGGGUACUCCAGAGUUCCCUGUGGACUCGACACAUGACAAUGACACUGAAGACCCCCCACAGAAUACACAGGACAUAAGACAACUCGCAGAGGACACCCUGAAAGUCACUUUCACUGAGGUCACCCCACAGGCUACUGAGGACCGCACAAAAGCCACGGUGGAUACUCCAGAGGCUGUGGACACACUACCACAGAACAUGGAGGAGGACAGCUCGGAGGGAAUUGAGGGUAGCCGGGAAGUCACUGUAGACAGCCAGGAAGUCACUGUAGACAGCCAGGAAGUCACUGUAGACAGCCAGGAAGUCACUGUAGACAGCCAGGAAGUCACUGUAGACAGUCAGGAAGUCACUGUAGACAGCCAGGAAGUCACUGUAGAUACCUCUGAGCACAUUGAGGACGCCCUACAAAUUCAAAACACUGCAGACACCCUACAGUUCACAGUGGAUGCCCCAAUGGUCUCUGAAGAGUUCACCAAGGACACACGUAGUGCCACACAGAACAAUGGGGACACGCCACAGCUCCAUGAGGACACACCGGUCACUGAGGACACCCCAAGAGUCCCCGAAGAGACGUCACAGGAACCCAAAGACACCUCAAAGGUCAGGAGAGAUACCCCGAUGGUCUCUGAGGACACCCUUAAAGUACAUGUGGAUACUCAAAAGGUCCCAGAGGACACCCCACAGGACACACAAGUCAAUGAAGACACCUCAAUGGUUACUGAAGACACCCCACAGGACAGGCAGUACAAUUCACUGGUCAACCCGAAAGUCACUGAAAGUGCUCACACUCCAAAGGUCACCCCAAGAGUCCCUGAAGACACGUCACAGGACUCCGAAGACUCCUCAAAAGUCACUGAAAACUCUCCACAGAAAACACAGGACACCCCAAAAUCUACAAAGGACAACCCAACUGUCUCUGGGGAUAUCGGACAAACUCCUGGAGAUGGCACCCCACAGGAAAAUGAGAACAGCCCACUGGCAUAUCGCUGUAGUCUCUGCAACAAGGUUUUCAAAGGCAAACGUGUUAUUGCCCACGCCAUGUACCACUUCCGCAGGGACCAAUGUAUGUUCUGUAGGAUGCUGUUCAAAAACGACCUGCUCGCUAUGAUGCAUCUGUCCCAGCACAUCGACAAGUUGAAAAAAGGAAACCUACCGCCUGAUAUUGAGGAGGUCCGUGAGAACUGUAAAGCUGGGAUGUCAGACACGCCUGGACGCUCAACGCAGAGAGGGAGACGGGGACGCAAGAGGAUCCCUGUAAACUCCACAGAGUCAACACCUCCGGAUUACAGGAAGCUACGGUCCACCAAUAGGAUCUCCUCUAUAAACUCCUCGGAGUCAACUCCACCGGAUCGCAGGAAGCUACGGUCUACUAACCCUAAUCUACGGUCUAACCCCGAUAGGCUCUCAACUGACUCUCAACCUUCACCGGAUACUAAACUCGCAACAGAAGAGUCUGAAGGCAAGCAGUGGACACAGGGGGUCAGUGGACAGAAGGGCAGAAGACGAGUUCAGGUUGAAGGAACUGAGGGUGAUGGUGAUACUCAGGCAGAGGAACAAGAAAAGAUCAGUAGGAGGCAAGAGGAGGAGCACUCUGCUCUGGAACAGAGGGAAGAACCCGUGGAGAUCGCUACUUCUCUGGCGAAGACAUCGACAGGUGAACAAGGAGGAUCCUGCUCCUCUCCUCUGACAAAGUUUUUGGAAGAAGAGGAGAAACCCUGUUCCUCUCCUCUGACAAAGUUUUUGGAAGAAGAGGAGAAACCCUGUUCUCCUCCUCUGACAAAGUUUUUGGAAGAAGAGGAGAAACCCUGUUCCUCUCCUCUGACAAAGUUUUUGGAAGAAGAGGAGAAACCCUGUUCCUCUCCUCUGACAAAGUUUUUGGAAGAAGAGGAGAAACCCUGUUCCUCUCCUCUGACAAAGUUUUUGGAAGAAGAGGAGAAACCCUGUUCCUCUCCUCUGACAAAGUUUUUGGAAGAAGAGGAGAAACCCUGUUCCUCGGCAAAGACCAUGGAGGACGACACAGAAUCUCAGGCUGUAUCGGUAACACAGGAUAGGCUUUCAGUUUCACCUCUAGAGACCUCAGUUCAGGGUAAGGAGACUCCCGGCAGCUGCCCUGUGGAGGGAUGCACAGAGAUAUUCACUGGAAAACGGCGUUCUCUCCUCGGACAUAUUCUGGACGAUCACCGCGGUGACGCCAAACCCUUGGAAACGACGUUCCGUCACGGGAAUGGCAAAUGCAAUAUUUGCAAGAAACCUGUUUUGACUUUGCAGCAUUACCAGCACCACAUUUUAUGGCACAAAGGAAUUCCCAGGCAUCCUUGUCUACAUGACGGAUGUAAAGCCCGGUUCAGUGCAGCGACAGAAAUGAGGAACCACGCAAAGACCCAUCAGCCGCUCCUGGCAGUGUGCUGCUUCCCAGGUUGUCGGGAGCGCUUGGCUUGUCUUCCGGAGUUGAACCGCCACGAACUAGAACACUAUCGUCUUCCAAAGGAAGGGAAGGAUGAAUCCGUUUCCUCUUCCCUCGUCACCAAUACCACCUCUGUUAACGUGAUUAAACCGUGUAAGACGGGGAGGAAUAAGCUACAGAAGAUGCAGGGUGUUAAGAGACGAUGGCCUCUUAGAGAAAAGGAGGGAUCGGCAACUGACCUCACUACUACUGUAAAGGUAACCAGGAAGUAUGACUUGACCAAGACGUUAAAGAAAACACAGGUCGGUAAGAAACGGCAUGUUCCUGGAGACAAGGAUCCUCGUACUACUGACCCCUCUACCGUCUCUGCGAAGGUAACAAAUACGUUGAGGAAAUUGCAGGUUAAGAGGAAACCGUGUGUUGGUAAGAAAAUGGACGCUCCAAACACUCCCGUCACCACGUCCAAUGAAAAAGCUGAGCAAGCGAGCAAGAAGUUAACGAUGAUUCAUAAGGGAAAGAAAGCGUGGGCUGUAACGGGACAGAACGUUAGCGAAGACGAUUAUACCCCAACUGGUCCAACCACCUCCACCACGAUUACCGCCACUGAGAAAGUUACCAAAAAGCUCAAAAUCAUAAACAAGUUGAAGAAAAUGCGAGUUAUUAAGAAACCGAACGUUAGCAAAGAAAAGGAUACCCAACCGGAUCCAGCCACCGACACAAAAGUGACCGAAAAGUUAAAGGAAACGCAACUUGUAAAGAAACCGAGUGUUGGAAAAGACCCCAGGAAGAUGUCAAGCGUUAGCACAGACGAGGACACCCAACCUGUUCCUCCCAACGUCACUCCGAAAGUCACCGAGAAGUUACCCGUGGUGACCGAGAAGUUAAAGAAAACACGAGUUCUAAAGAAACAAAGAGUUAUCAAGGAACCCAAGAGGCCUGUUAGCGAAGAACCCAGGAAGACCUCCAAAAAACCUGUGAAGUCAAAGACGUCUGGUCCAGAGAAACAUGUUAAUGAAGUCACAGAAGUGCUAGGAAGUAAGGACACAGAAGUGGUAGGAAGUAAAUCAAAGGAAGAAGAUGAUAAACCAUUGGUGGAAACAUCAGACUCAACAGCUAGCAGUGUCUGUGACCAGAAGAUGGUUAACGGACACUUAAAGGACCUCCCUAAAGAAUCGCCAAAAUACCAGAAAAGUCUUAAAACAAGUACAGUUUCCAAAUCCAAGAAAUGUGACCCACGAAACCAUAAACCUGCUACUCCCAAACCCCCUACAAAUACGCCCAAACCCCCUACAAAUACGCCCAAACCUCCUACAAAUACUCCUAAACCCCCUACAAAUACUCCCAAAGCCCCUAUCAAGGAGGAAGCGAAAAAAUCAACUUUCUUUGGGAAGAUUAACAACAGGCCAUACAUCCGGCCUCCACCCACGGCUUACCUAGACGAGCGGUACACCACCAUGCCAAAACGCAGGAAAGAGAUGUCCUGGAACCCUCGCUUCUCUCCGACGCGCCCGGACCUCGUGGUGGAGGCGUCGGGGACCACGGCGACACCGUCCGUCCAUAGGCAGCGCUGUGCCAAGUGUUUCUUGUCCUUCGACAGAGGAGAAGAGUUGCAGACGCACGUCUCGCUGAAGAAGUGCGCAACCCUUUUCGGCUUCGACUCAGACGAGGACAGUAGCUCGUGAAAGCUGAUAGACAAGAGGACAUGUUUGGAUGUGCUGCUAGGGAAGGGGGUGGGGGUGUGGGGGCUGUUGAACCCCCUCCAAAACCUGCUAGGAGUGUUGAACCCCUUUCGACCCUGCUACCUCAAGAGGGACGACCAGGGUUUACAGGGCUCUUAACAUGACUUGCUGGCUAGUCUGGGACAGCCGUGCCAGGCCUCCCCUUGUGACUGAGGCUGGCAAUCUGAGGCGGCUACAACAGAAGACACCUCUCAAGAGGAUUCUUAAAGCGUUAACUCUUUUACAUGACUUGCUGACUAGCCUGGGAUGUGACUGAAGUUGGCCCGGUUGGCUACAGCAGAAGACGGAGAACAGUAAAAGGGUUGUGACCAUUCUUCCAUGUUCUGUCUCCCAUGGUCAUAGGAGUGACCUACGACCUUUGAACCCUGACCUCAAAUCCAAAGUUCAAGGGGUCUUUUGGGCUGACCGAUUUUUCGAUUCGUCGACCAGGAAGCGUCUCUAAACUAAAGCCUGAAGGACUUAUGAGGCGGAGACUAUGAGACCUGGCCGGAUAGUUAAUAUAUUCUUUGUUUUUAUUUGUUUUUCGACCGUAUUUACUUUGGACUGAAGAAGUGCCUGGAAUCCAACCUGCUACUUCCUGCUUCUCUUCUAUUGGUCAAUGGUCCAGGGGUUUUUCCUCCCAAUUGGCAUCUUAUUCCCUCUAUAGUGCACUACCCUAUGUGAGCCCUGGUCAAAAGCAGUGUACUAUUAAAAGGGAAUCAUUUGGGCCACGGAGACUUAUUGCCGGGGUCAAGGAAUGACUCGUGAAGAUGUGAGAACUGAUGUUAUGCAGGGAUGUUAACUAUACAAAAUGUUCAAAUAUUUAACACACACUAACAAAUUUUAUUUUAUUUUAUAUUGCUCAUCUUUUUGCUAUUGCACUUGUCACUUAAACCCAAAACCCUCCCUAGUGAGUUUAACAGUCAAACUGCCAAGAGGAAAGAGGCUCCAAAACCUCUUCUAUGGAUUAUAUGUCUACGACCCACAACGCAACAACGUGUAUAUUUAAGAUAUCGUGUUGUUAGGCAACCGGAUAACUGUCCAAAUAAAGGAAACCCUUGAGUAAAUACAGAAGUUUGUAAAUGUGUGGGGUGCCAUUUUCCCGGCAUGGUCCAGGUCCACUUGUAGAAUCUAUGUCAAGGUGCAUUGAAGCUGUUCUGGCAGCUCGUGGUGACACGACACCUAUUUAAGAAAUGUAUGUAGGUGUUUCCUUUAUUUUGGCAAUUACACGUAUUUGAUCAAAUUUUCACUGUUGAUCCUCUGUGACUAAAUUCUGUUCAUUGAGAGCAUGCUCCUGUGAUUGGAUACUUUUUUUUAAAACUCAAUAUUAUUUUAUAUAUAUAUAUAUAUAUAUUUUUUUUUUCUUGGGGUCCAGCCCCUGACUCACACCAAUUGACCCCCAUCACGUUUAUUUAUUAUGCAGUUCAUUUUAUUAAAUCAGUUACCCAAUCAAGGCAGGGCCCCGCCCAGUUACCCAAUCAAGGCAGGGCCCCGCCCAGUUACCUGCCUCUUCUCUCCCCUGUCUGAUAAUUAGCAGAGCGGCAGCAGGCUGUCUAAAACUCAUUGACAGCGGGCUCCUGAAUCCUCCUGUGGUUGGCGGUCGCAGUAAAAAUAUCUCUAUCUAAUAUAUACUGUAUAUAAGUGUCUUGGGCCCCCCCCCCACGGGCCUGGGCCCAGGGGCUUCAGCCCCGGUAAGCCCCUGCAUUAAUCCGGCCCUGUAUGUAGGGAACAGGUUGCCAUUUGAGACCAUUGUGUCUGCAAUGUGCAAAGUGUCUUUCAUUUCCAUAUUACUGCUUACAUUGACUAUAAUACACACUAUAACCUGUUUGAACAUAUUUUUCCAUCAGGACUAAACAACAACAUCAACAACCUGUUUUUUUUUAUAUAUGUGACUUUAAUCCAUAUUAUAGUUUAAUGCACAUUUUUAAGUUUCACUCUUUGUUUAUCUGUCUGGGAUGAGUUGACGCGAUGUCAGUCGGUCUCAACACAACCAGAACUAUGCUGUCAGCUGUUGUUCAAUGUACGUCCCUGUCCCAAACGGUUCCUUGUGUACUACUUGGGACCAGGGGCCCCAUUUGGGUUAACUAUAUAAGGAAUAGGCCAGGGGCCCCGUUUGGGUUAACUAUAAUGGAUAGGCCAGGGGCCCCAUUUGGGUUAACUAUAAUGGAUAGGCCAGGGGCCCCAUUUGGGUUAACUAUAAUGGAUAGGCCAGGGGCCCCAUUUGGGUUAACUAUAAUGGAUAGGCCAGGGGCCCCAUUUGGGUUAACUAUAAUGGAUAGGCCAGGGGCCCCAUUUGGGUUAACUAUAAGGAAUUAGGCCAGGGGCCCCAUUUGGGUUAACUAUAAGGAAUUAGGCCAGGGGCCCCAUUUGGGUUAACUAUAAGGAAUUAGGCCAGGGGCCCCAUUUGGGUUAACUAUAAGGAAUAGGCCAGGGGCCCCAUUUGGGUUAAUUUAAGGAAUAGACCAGGGUGCCACUUGGGACUCAUAUUUUAUAAAAGAGGUUAGGAACUUGUUACGUGUAUUAAUCUGACCCCAACCAACAACGCUGCGUUCAGAAACCAGUGUAUUGAUAUUGUCUAUUGCUCAACACAUGGACGAGACUAAACGCUUCUAUGAGCUUCUGACAUCACUUCCCAUUUUUUUUUUUUUUUUAAGAGAAAUAACUAUUGUGAUGUCAGAAGCUCAUAGAAGCGUUUAAAAAAAGAUGAAUCUAUUGUGAUGUCAGAAGCUCAUAGAAGCGUUUAAAAAAAGAAGAUAAAUCUAUUGUGAUGUCAGCGAGGCGGCAUUCCACCGGGCGGUGACUGACUGUUCUACUGAACCCAACAGAACAGUGGCAGCAGGUUUAAUGUAUUAUUCACAUGGGGGUUUUCUAUUUGGCUCCUGUAAAUAUGUGACGAGUUCGAAAUGGCUUAUUAUUUACUGGGUGUUUUGAAACGGGUUUAUAUAUCAUCAAGUUCUUGGUGUAAAAUAAUAAAAACACAUGUUAUUAAACUGGUAUAA